AUGGACGCAAUGGUUAUGGGGACCAAUGGGCUUGGCUUUAUCAAGUUUCACAGAAACAAUCUAAAAGAACUUGCGGAGCUUGAUUUAAUUGCAUAUUCAAAGGAUCAAAUUCAGGAAGUCCAAAAAGAGUUAAAAUUCUUGGGAUCUGUUUUCAAGAAGCAUGAAACGCUUACAGCUUUUAAGAUGCGUGUUUUGAAGGAAGUCCACAAGGUAAUGUUUGUAAUUAAUUCCUCCGAUCUUUCACCUUCGUCCUUUGAUAGGAUCUUAGAAGAAAUAUUCCUUUUGAAAAUUGAGGCCCUCGUGAUUGAUGUGAUGUAUGGCUCUGAAGCCCAGAAACUUGCAAAUAUUUCUAACUAUGUCUCGCUACAAGAAAGCAACCCACAUCUGAAAGAUGGUUUGGUAGGUUUCCAUGAGGUGAUAGAUGAAAUAAUUGGUCAAGUUAGAAAUAUAGCCCAGAAGAAAUUGGACAUUGUAUCCAUUGUGGGCAUGGCAGGACUUGGCCAGACAACUUUAGCCAAACGAGUGUACGAGCAUCCUGCUCUGAGAAACAACUUCAAUUUUCGGGCAUGGUGCAAUGUUUCUCAGGAAUAUCAGAAUGAAGGUUUGUUACGUGAAAUUCUGGGUUGUAUUCAUCCUGAGAAUUCUAAGCUGUACUCUAAGAAGGAAGAAGGUGCUUUGGCUUUAGAGCUCAAACAAUCCCUAUUGAAAAAUAAGUACCUCAUCAUCUUGGAUGACGUAUGGGACUUAAAGGCAUGGAAUACCUUGAAAGUAUCAUUCCCAGAUGAUGAAAAUGGAAGCAGAAUUAUUAUAACAAGCAGAAUGCAUAGGGUGGCUUCAGAUGUUAAAUGCUACAGUGAACCUCACUGCCUUCGGCCAUUCAACGAUAAUGAGAGCUGGGAGUUACUAAAGAAAACACUCUUUCCCAACGAUGAUUUUCCUCCUAAACUGCGAAGAGUUGGGAUGCAGAUAGCUAAAAGCUGUGGUGGCCUACCUCUCUCAGUUGUCAUCAUAGCUGGAAUUCUGCGAACUAUAGAACAGGAUGGUUGGGAGGAAUUUGCAGCAAGGCUAAGUACAAGUGUAGUUAGCGGCACAGAGCAGUGCAUCAAUAUGUUAGAACCAUGGUUCAAAGUCGCGAUCGCGGCCCGGAACGUUCCACAUCGGUCUCGACAUAUCGGUCGUGGUCUCGGGACCGAGACGGUGACAACUCGGCCGAGUGGUCUCGACCUCGGCCGAGACUUCGAACCAUACUUAGAACUCAGCUACAGGCGUAUACCUGAUUGCUUGAAGAAAUGCUUUCUUUAUUUUGGAGCAUUUGUACGAGGUCAAGAAAUUCCAACUAAAAGGUUAAUGUGGCUAUGGAUCGCCGAAGGAUUUGUGCAACAAGUUGAGCAAGAGGAAUCAGAGGAAGUGGCAGAGCGCUGCAUGAAAGAUCUAAUUGACAGAAACUUAAUUAUGGUUGCCAGACGAAGAUCCAUUGGUGGGGUUAAAACUUGUCGCGUUCAUGAUUUGCUACGCGAGUUUUGUGCAGCAAAAGCUAAGGAAAAGGCUUACCCAAAAGGAGGUAAGGAAGAGACUGACCCAAAAAUAGCCAAGGCAGAGAAUUUUUUGCAGUUGUUACACGGUUAUGAUGGACUUUUUACUUUUAGUGAGUCAUACAACACAAGCAGGUUUUGCAUAUACUCUAAGCAAGAGCAUUUUGAGAAGUCAAGGCUAUUUUGUCCUCAGAUCCGUUGUCUGAUGUUCUUUUCCCAUGGUGAUAGGUACCCAACAAAAUACUGUGAUAACUUGUUCAUAUUUAAAAUCUGCAAACUUCUUACAGUGUUGGAUUUGGGGGAAGUUCUCCUAGGUGAACAUUUUCCCACUGAAAUAGAGGUGCUUGUUGAGUUAAGGUACUUGGCAAUUUGGGGUAAGAUGCAAUCCAUCCCAUCGUCAAUAGCCAACCUCACCAAUUUGGAAACUUUUCUUGUUAAAGGGAAUUCGGGUGAUGAUGUUAUUAUGUUGCCAGAGAAUAUUUGGAGUAUGAUGAAUUUGAGGCAUCUAGGCGUGAGCAAUUGUUGUGGUGACAUGAGUCUGGCCAAAGACAAUCUUGACAACUCCUGGGUUCUAUGUAACUUGAGCACCUUUUCCAAACUAGCGCUCGUUUACGAGCAAGGCGUGGAAAAGCUGUUCACAAAGUUCCCUAACAUCCGUAGACUAAAGUGCGAGCUCCGUGAACCAGAAGAUUCAGAGGAAUUGGGUACGCAUUGCAGCAGGGUUGUGUCAAUGGGCUUUCUAACUCGGCUAAAAUCACUCAGUCUGUCUCUUAAAUUCAUUGAUCAUUCAAAUCCUAUUCAGUUUCACCUUCCACCGAAUCUCGAGAAGUUAAGCCUCUCGUACUUUCCCCGGAGUAUGAUUUCUGCAAUUGAGAAACUAACCAAUCUUGUGGCUCUCAAAUUAUCGAAUGAUAAGGAGGACAUAUCCGACAGAGAAGAAGAGCUCCCUCAUGAAAAUAUGACAGACAGUGACCAUGAGGAGGAAAUUCCGGAAGUGGUAGAAGAAAGGGAACAACCUGAGGAGGAAACAAGAAGGGCGAAAAGAUGGGACGUAGCAGAAGAAGUUGAAUUUCCGAAGCUCAGAUUCUUAAAGUUAUCUUCCAUGACUAUUUCCAGGUGGACAGGGUCGGGUGAUCAUUUUCCAGGUCUUCAGAGAUUAAAGUUGGAGGACUGUUGGUAUUUGAAAGAAAUGCCGAACUGUUUAGGGUCUAAUUCACCUCUUCAAAUGAUUGAGAUUCGCUAUUGUCCGAUCUCUGUUGAAUUUUUAGUAGACGAGAUUGAGAGACAACAAAAGUAUGAAGGAAAUCAGGGCCUGCAGAUUUUUAGACAACAAAAUUAUGAAGGAAAUCAGGGCCUGGAGUAUGAAGGAGAUCAAGGCCCGCAAAUUUAUAGCUUCUGGAGAUGUUGGUUGGGGCUUGACAGUUUAUCAACUUUAAAGUCUGGUUAUAUGAUGUCUAAACCUCCUCGAGGCAAUAAUCAACGGACAGACAGAAUAAUUGGGUUUGAAGCUGCAGCUGAGAAAGUAUUGGAACUUCUCGGUGGGGAAAAACUAUCUCAAGGCAAAACCAAGAAGGAGUGGGUGGGCGCCUCCGUGGCAGGGAAACAGAGUGGGGCAAAACUAGUUGAAGCCAAAGACCAGAAAGAGAAGCUGAGCUUCACCGAGCCGAUAGGCAAUAACCUCGCCGAUAACCACAGCAGUUCAGCCACCACCGCCGCUCUUGAGAUCCAUCGCCGAUCUCUGGCCUCCAUCGCUCUUGAGAUCCACAGCCUUCAAUCUCUGGCCUCCACCGCCGCAACACCACCAGUUCGUUCAGAUUUCAAGAGAAACAAGUAG